ACGACCGGAAACGUGAUUCUUGACUCUUGCUUAUGUGAUGCUAAUACUGCAGCAAAGCUCAGGUUUCAGGAAUUGACAGCUGAGGGGAAAUUAAGACACCAAUGUCGUAAUGUUGACGACCAGCGUCGCGCGCAGACUCCGCUGUUUCCGUUGAUGUCAAAAAGGUUCUGCCUCCAAUGAGAAACAUGCCUAUUUUUAAUGUUUAUGGAGGAUGAUGGAUGACCCUUCACCCAGUCAGAGACACCCUCCUUGUCAGCCAUGGGUGGUCCAGAAUGGCUGGUCUUCAGCUACACCUCCAGUACCUUUCCACAAUCCUCUGCCCAGUUUUCCUCACCUCAGCCUGGGCUCUCCUCCUGGCCAGAGCUCCAGCUUCAACCACCUGCAGGCAUCCAGCAACUGCUCUCCCAGUGACGUUGCUGCCUUGUCCUCUAGACACAACAAUAAAAACAGUAUGCAGUAUUUUAAUCAUGUGGACCAAAGUGUGCAGACUAUACCUCCACGUUCUCUUCCUCUUACAAACGAAGGCAUGCAACCUUGCAAUCUCCACCAAAUGUCACUUUAUUCCUCUCCCAGCUCUUACCAAGCAACAGCUUCUCUGUUCCAGCCUCCAUACAUAUAUCAGGGUCAGCUGAAUGGACCUCAGUCACCACCUCAAAACCAUCUUCCUGUGAGUCCCCCGUUCGCUGGACAAUGUGUAAACCAGAGUAAAGAGUGUAGCCCUCAGCCUGUAUUUGAUGGAGCAAAUCUUGGAUCUUCUGUUGGAUAUAGUCGUAACCAUGCCUCACCCACCUCUCCCAUCCAGCAUCAGCCUCAGUGGACAGUUUCGACACACUUCAGUGGACCCACGGAUAACUUUGUUCCCAAUUCAGUUGCACAGGACAAAAACCAGACACCAAAGUCUCCCAGCUCUGAGUCCCGUUAUGGCUUGGACCCUGAACUGCUGCCCAGUGUUGUGAAAGUGAUGGCGGAGGACAAGGCUGAGUGGGAAGGCAAGGUCUUUGUCUCAGAGCAUUUUUCCCGUCUUCCUCCUCUGGCAACAACAUCCUGUGUCGUAGAGGACAGAGGUAAUACAAGUCCUUUUGCCAUCCGCUCCACCUCCUACUGUGUACCAUGUGAGGGUCAGAUGGCACUGCUCACCCAUCUGCCGUUGGGAGCUCUGGUCACCCCACUUGUAAAAGAAAAUGUUGAAGAGAAGCCCCUCCCACUAUGCAAAGACACAGAUUGUGUUGUGGGUUGCCGUUGGUGUGGAGCUUCCAUGUGCCCAGCGAUGGGCUGGCAGGACUGUGGACAAAGGUUCUACUGCCCCUUCUGUGGUAAACUCACUGAGGUUCCUUGGCAGCACUACCAGCACACCAAAGGGGUGGAGGCGGUUCGGGUUGAUAAAGACACAAGGCCUGAACUCAGUAUGGGGUCAUAUGAAAUACUCAACUCUCAGAAGGGGGAACCUCCGGCGCUGCUUCUGGCCAUAGAUGUGUCUGCCUCAGCUCUGAGAGGAGGACAUUUGGAAUUUGUAACCCAGCAAAUACGAACGCUGCUUACCUCUUUGAACAGGGAAGUUGGUGAUUCCUUGUCAGAUGUCCGUGUUGGUUUAAUGACGUAUGACAGCAGGAUCCACCUGUACGACCUCAGUCUCCACCUGUCCCGCCCUCACAUGCUCGUCAUCACAGAGACAGAUGACCUGCAGCUUCCUGUGAGGGAGGGGCUUGUGGUGUCUCUCAGAGAUGGUGUAGAAAGUAUAGACAGUGUGUUGCAGCUGAUUCCUCAGUUCAGUGCAGACUCCGAUGAAACCAUUGAAGUUUCCAUCGAGCUGCCUGUUAAAGCAGGGCUAGCUGUGCUGCAGGGGCUGGGGUGUCCUGGGAAGCUGCUGAUCUUCCACAGCGCUGAUCUGAUCGAGACAGGAAACACAAACUCCUCCUCAGGGUUCUUUGGCACCAACAAACCAAAGUCCAUCUUUCAGCCAUCAGAACAAGCCAUCUCAUUGGCGAAGGAGUGUAUCAGCCACGGAUGCGGCAUUCACCUGUAUGUCCUAUCCCAUCAAGAUGUGGGCGGGGCAUGGCCAGGGCACAUUCCAUAUCUGACAGGUGGAGCCCUACACACCUACAGCCAUCUGCAGGGUGAAUUGGACAGAGAACGUUUUAGCACUGAUCUAAAGAAGAUUGUGGAGGCAGACACAGGCUACAAGGCUGAACUCAAGAUAUUUGUUAGCAAAGAUUUGCGUGUGUCCGGCUGUUAUGGACUUUUUGUACCUGGUCCAAGCCCAGGACAUGUCACUAUGGCAACCAUUGAUGGGGGGACAACUAUGGCUGUGGAGCUUGCACACACCAGAGCUCUGGAUGAGUCAAGAGGUGCAGCCAUACAGGUUGUUCUGUCUUACAGCAGCCAGACAGGUGAGAGGAGGACCAGGAUUCACACCCUGACUCUGCGGUGCUCACGUCAACUCCAGGACACUUUCAGGAACUACCAAGCCCAAACAUUGCUCACCUUCUACUGCAAGAAGAUGUACUGUGCAGUGUUGGAGCGCCCUCUGCAGGAGCUGAGGGAGGAACUGCAGACCGAGGCAACACAAGCACUGGCGUCUUACCGCAAACACUGCUGUUCUUCUUCAGUAUCUGCUGGACAGCUGGUCCUUCCUCAGUACCUGCGAGCUCUUCCUGUUUAUAUCAACAGUCUGAGGAAGAGUGAGGUGCUGCUGCCUGGCCUGAGGAGCUCCAUCCACCAGAGGCUGCAGCAGCGUUGCCAGGUCCUCGGCAUGGAUGCAGGCAGCACGGCGACACACUUCUACCCUCAGCUGCUGCCACUGCCACAGUCGGUCAACGGCUACACCCCCUCCAAACCUGAGGAGGCUCUGCGCUGCUCUGCUGCCAGCUUGGAGCCCAGAGGCUUGUAUCUGAUUCAUGCACCCCUCACACUGCUGCUCUGGGUGGGCACCCAAGUCCCAGCUUCCACUUUGGUCAAGCUUUUCAACAUCAGCUGCUUUUCCUCCCUGCCCUCUGGAGAGACCAAGCUUCCAGCUCUGGAAAACACUUUUUCCACCAGUGUUCGAUCUCUCAUCAACACACUGAAUUCUCAGGCAUUCUGCACUCGCAAGAAAUGGCUGCUGCUGUCCACUGAUGAGUCUGUUUCCAUCUCUCUGUCUCAGCUAGUGGUGGUGAAGCAAGGAGACACCUGUGAGGAGGCUCUGCAGCGCCACCUUGUGGAAGAUAAGAGUCCCAAUGGAGGCGCGUCCUACGCAGACUUCCUCUACCACCUCCAUGUCAACUCUGUCCGGCUGCUGCAGUGACCACACAUUUUCUGACAUCUCUGGGGGCAGUUUGUUUUCUGAAAGAUGAACCUACAGUAGAAAAUAACCCAAACAAAAAAAGAACAGAAAAACAGGAAUUAUCAUCAUUAUGAUGAUUAUUAGAGAUAAUUGUGAUUAUGUAAUAUUUAAAGGUUGUUGA